AUGCAGUCCCUCCUCCGUCGCGGUACCUCAUUCUUCAGCUCGACACCCACCGAGUCUCCCCAGGUCAGGUCUGCGGACGAUUUCCAGACCGCUUCAUCCGAUGGAUUAUUCACCAAGGUCGAUCCGGCGGUGGACGGGGAAGAGUGUCUGCAUGACUGCUCCUCGUGCACGGUUCGAUACCCAGCAAAGUUUGACGUGGACCAGCAAGAUACACUAUACGGAAAUGUUAAUGGGUGGGCAACACAUUUGCUGGUUGCGACUGGAAAGACGGACUGGGUGAAAAAUGUUGCAGACGAGCAGGGCAGUCUGAUGGAGGCUAUCGAGCGGGGUGCGGAUAAACCUAGUAAUGGCGAACUCAAGCUAUCCGCAUCGAACAUGCCAGUGCCAGACGAAUACCACUACCAUGAAUCCGGGAAACAGCCGACCAACGUGCUGGUUCUCCCCAGCUUCACCAUCGUCGACCAUGUCACGCCGGCUCUAGCAUCUGACCUUGUGAAAUAUUUCAUCAACCCUUCCCCCACCACCACAACACCACUAGGCUUGACAUCACCGCCGACAACGGGCCUAACCGAGCAACCGCCCAUAGACACCGAUAUACCCUCACUCACUCCCCUCCGCUCCCGCCCCUGCCCCCAUUCCGCCGUUAUCCUUCUCUGCUCUCAACGCACGCGAGACGCACGCUGCGGCCAGUCCGCCCCGUUACUCCGCAAGGAGUUCGAACGCCAUCUCCGUCCGCUGGGUCUAUUCCGGGACCUGGACGACGAGCGACCCGGCGGGGUGGGAAUCUACUUUAUCAGCCACGUCGGAGGACACAAGUAUUCUGCCAACGUGAUGGUCUACCGAAGACGGGAUCUCGAGUGGCACCGCAAGGAUAAGAGCGGUGACGAGGGGGCAUCGCAGGGGAUCUGGCUGGCGCGAGUGCGGCCCGAGGAUUGCGAGAAUAUCAUCAAGUAUACCGUGUUGAAGGGCAAGGUGGUGAAGCCGGGUAGGCAGUUACGGGGAGGAUUUGACCGGGCACGAGGGGUACAUUCGUGGUAG